UUAUAUAUAUUUUAUUUAUAUAAAAUGUAGUAUAAUAAAUGGUGUAUAUACUAUUACUAAUAUCAGAUACUGUAUGUAUUUUUCUUGUAACAGUUCAAGUUGCAUCAUGGAUCUGCAGCCAAAAAUACUGUUCGGCUGGAUUUGUAUUCAAGUGAUCUUUGCCUCUGUUUUUUCGGAUGUGUGGAAAGCAGAAGUUGUCCCUAAAUUGGAUGCAGUAGUCUCAUCUUGUGUUGUGUUGCCCUGCACGUUUAAUUACCCUGCCGCUCAGUAUCCUGCGUCUCGGGUCAAAGCAAUCUGGCACAAAAAGGGAGACAGAAAUGAUCGUAUCUAUGAUGGGGAUGGCUAUAAUAUUAAAGACAGCUUCAAGGAUCGCACAAAGCUCGUUGGCCAUUUGGGUGAAAAAAACUGCACGUUGGAAAUAGAUGAUGUUAAAGACACCGACAACGGUCCAUUCUGUUUCAGAGCUGAAAUCCAAGGUUUUGAUAAAUUCUCUUUUGAGAAGGCAUGUGUGCACACCAUUAUAAAAGCUAAACCUGAAGAAAUAUCUUUGGAUUAUGAAGAAUCUGUCACAGAGGGGUCAAGUGCCAUCUUUAAGUGUUCUAUGAGACACACCUGUCCCACACACCCCCCACAAAUUAAAUGGAGUCGCUCAGGUGUUAAAGAACGUGUGUCCCAUAAGAACAAUGGCCAUGGAGUUUGGGAGGUGGAAUCCAUCAUGUCCUUCACUGCCACACAGGAGGAUGAUCACAAGGACAUCACUUGCACUGUCACUUCCCACGGCGACAUAGAAUCUACAACUACUUUCAGGAUGUUCAUAAAACGUGAAAAAAAUUACCUGCACAUCAUUAUUCCUGUGGUUGCUGUGUUUGGAACUGUCAUUCUAUUUGGAACAGCAUGUUUCUUUGUGACCAGGAGAUACAAGAAACAGAUUCAAGACCUCCAAUCUAGAAAUCCAAAUGGCAUUUAGCAGACAGAACGUGAUUGGUUGGAGGUAGACCGUGCCAUGAUUGGUCAGCGC